AUGAAGAAUGCUGAGCUCGAGGCUCUCUUCGAGCAGCGCAAUCUGGCACACACGUACAAGAAGGCUGACAUGGCCGCGCGUCUGCAAGUCCAGCCCAGUGACGCUCCCGUUGCAACCACCGCCAACGCCGAGGACGAGAUUAACUGGGACGACGACACGACCACCGACGCCGCCGGCAAGCCUGCCGCCUCGGCCGCCACGAGCGGGACCUCACAGGGCUACCAACACCCUCAGCCGAGUCCAGCCUGGGCUACGAGAAUUUUCUCAGGUCGCGCUCUUAAAAACAUUGUCAGCCAAGUUCGAAAAUAA